AUGUCUCUGGAGGCUGCGUUAGAUGAUGAGAGAAAACAAAUUAUAGAUAUUCUAGAAAGGCAAAAGCGGAGGGAGUCUGGUGCCAGGGGAAGGUCUGUGUCUCCAAAUUCUGGUGGUCCUCAUAGCAGAGGAGUCUCAAGAGGUCGGAGUAGUAGAUCUCAUUCAAGGAACCCCAAUCCAAAAGAAAACAAAUGGUCGAUUACUGUUCAUGAUCCAAGUGAAAGGCUUGUGAGCAAGGAUGACGACAAAGAUGAAUCCAUUGAGAAUGAUGAGAGCUCCAGCGAGGAAGAACAGAUCAGUGAUACAGAUUCAGAAAUUGAUGAGGAUGAAGGUGUGAUCUUGCCCAAUUUUGCCUCUUACACGGAGCCAUCGAGUAUUCCUGCCGAUCGAAGAGUGACAAAAGAGACAAAUGCUUCCAAAUGUGUCAACAAUGCUAAGAGAGCAGAGGAACUAGACCAAUUAAGUGCUGCUGAACGAGGCGUUGCUAAUGCUCGUUUGAUUGGAUCAGAGGUACCUCAAGAGCUGAUCGACAAGAUCGAAGCUAAAGCUGAGAAGUAUGGGGCGCGGUUAUCGCAUGAUAAGUAUUAUCAGGAUGAUAAAGAGCGCAAAGAGAAAUUAAAAGAGUACGCGGUCUACAAGAAGAAAUUAGUAUCUCCAGGCGGACCCGGUCUGUCAGGAACUGAUGAAGAAUUUCAUGUACCAUACACUGCGGAUAUUGAAGAGAGGGCAGAUGGAGAGCUAGCCCGGACACUAAAUGAAACUGUCGAAAUUGAUGAUAUUGACAGUGAUGCUUCGAAUGCUCGAGCCAUUCGUUCACUAACACGGGGCAGGUUCUUCGAGUUAGUCAAGGAGGAACAACAUCCUAAGACAUUUCUAUUAUGUACGGAUUUCUCUGAAGAGAGUAGAUAUGCGCUGGAAUGGUGUGUGGGAACUAUUCUGGUCGACGGAUCUGUCUUGUACAUGCUUAAUGUCUUGGAGGAUGACGAGUAUUCUUCAAUGCAUCUGAACGGAAUUCCAUCUCAGAACUAUCACAGUGGUAGUAUGCUUGAACCAUUGGCGCCUUCGGGCUCCAAGCCCCCUGAAGAUACAACCCCUACAACUUCAGCAUCCAAAAGAGCAGAGCUCAAUGAACAGAUGAGGAUUGACAAUAUUGAACGAAUGACCAGGGAAACUUUGGAAUUACUUAAACUUACCAAACUUCAAGUUCAUGUUGUUUUUGAGUCAAUACAUCAUCCUAUUCCCAGACAUUUCAUUGUCGAGGUUAUCCGUCAUCUGUCACCAUCUCUAGUGAUAGUAGGCUCCAAGGGAACCAGUGCUUUGAAAGGGGUCCUUUUGGGGUCCCUGUCCAACUAUUUAGUACGUAAGAGUACCGUACCUGUCAUGGUAGUCAAACGCAAGUUGAAGAAGCUGAUCAAGAAGAAAGGAGCUGGUAAGUUCAACAACAACAUCAAACCAUUACAUACUCUUGCCGAGGCUCGUAUCGACUAA